UGGCCAACUAAGAUUAUGAUUACAGUUCAAACAAAAAAGAACCACGUUUGAAUAGAAAAAGGGUUUCCAACUUUCCAUGUGAAAAUCAUUAGCAUUAGAUAAUUGAACAAAGGCCCCAUCAUCGCAAUCAUUAAUCUUGCAGUUGUUUCAUGAUCCCAUCCAAACCCCUCUCGUCCAUAUAAUAUUGUUAAACUUAUAGUAAUCACCGUGCUCAUUCAUCUCCCAUAAUCAUAAGUUUAUAUUGGUUUGGUCAAAAUUGAGCUCGUGUCACUCUAUCUGUAAUAAGCCAUGUCUGGUCCUCAGUGCUGCGAGAACCCACCGAGCCUUAGCUCAACCUGCGGAGCUGGAUCAGUCACUGAAAUUGGAGGCUUGAAGGCCUAUGUUACUGGCCCUUCUGAUUCCAAGCUUGCCCUUCUCCUGGUUUCUGAUAUCCAUGGAUUUGAAGCACCAAAGUUCAGGGAGCUUGCAGACAAAACUGCUACCGCUUCCGGAUUCCAUGUUGUGGUUCCAGACUUCUUUUAUGGAGAUCCAUUCAAUCCUGACAAAACUGAGAAGCUUGUGUGGCUACAGUCUCAUGGAACAGACAAAGGAUUUGAAGAUGCUAAACUUGUAAUUGGUGCUCUAAGGAACAAAGGGAUUUCCACAAUAGGAGCUGCAGGGUUCUGUUGGGGAGGUAAGGUAGUUGUGGAGCUAUCGAAGUCUGAUUACAUUCAGGCUGCAGUGUUGUUGCACCCUUCUCGUGUCACUGUUGAUGAUAUUAAAGAGGUUAAGGCUCCAAUAGCCAUAUUGGGUGCUGAGUUUGACGAGAUCUCUCCACCUGAACUCCUGAAACAGUUUGAGGAGGUUUUGUCAACGAAGCCUGAGGUGAGUGGCUAUGUGAAAAUAUUUCCUGGUGUUCCGCAUGGAUGGGCAGUGAGGUAUAAAGAUGAGGAUGAGACUGCUGUCAAACUUGCUAAUGAAGCUCAUCAAGAUAUGUUGGAUUGGUUUACUAAGUACAUCUUGUGGUUAUGAGAAUAUGAGAUGCUCACCAUCAUAUGUAUGUUUACAAAUUACUGCUGCAACUUACCGUAGAAUCAGUUCUCAAUAAAGAAUGGUGAGCAGGCAAAGUAUGAAGAAUGUAUGCAUUUUGUAUGCUUCCUGCAAUGUAUUUGGGCAUGAAUUAGGAGAACGGCUUUAGUGCUGUAGCCUCUAGGUGCAUCCAUGCAUCAAUUUUGAAAUAUUGAAGGAAAAAAAAAAUAGAGAUUUCGGUA